GGCAGAAACACUGACUUUCAGAGAAGAAGGAGGCAGAGAAGAGAGGGAGUGUGGAGGAACAGAUGUAAAGGAACAGAGGGCAGGAAGACAGGAGCACACAGGGCAUCAUGUCCACUCCGGUAACAUCCUCCUCACUGCCAUCCUCCAGUUCCAUGGAGAUGAUAUUUGGCAGGAAUAAGAAAGAACAGCUGGAGCCAGUGUCAGCCAGAGUGACAGGCACAAUUCCAGCAUGGCUGCAGGGGACCCUGCUUCGAAAUGGACCUGGGAUGCACACAGUUGGGGACAGCAAAUAUAACCAUUGGUUUGAUGGCCUGGCCCUUCUCCACAGCUUCUCCAUCAGAGAUGGGGAAGUCUUCUACAGGAGCAAAUACUUGCAGAGCGACACCUACUGCGCCAACAUCGAGGCCAACAAAAUCGUGGUGUCCGAGUUCGGAACGAUGGCCUACCCAGACCCCUGCAAAAACAUCUUCUCCAAAGCUUUCUCCUACUUGUCCCACACCAUCCCCGAUUUCACGGACAACUGCCUGAUCAAUAUCAUGAAGUGCGGAGAUGACUUCUAUGCCACCACAGAGACCAACUACAUCAGGAAAAUCAACCCCCAGACUCUUGAGACCCUGGAGAAGGUUGAUUACCGGAAGUAUGUGGCUGUAAACCUGGCAACCUCACACCCUCAUUAUGAUGCAGCUGGAAAUGUCCUUAACAUGGGCACAUCCAUUGUGGACAAAGGACGGACAAAAUAUGUAAUAUUCAAGAUCCCUGCCGCAGCACCAGGCACCAAGAAGAAAGGGAAGAGCCCCUUGAAGCACAUGGAAGUAUUCUGCUCCAUCCCCACUCGCUCGCUCCUCUCCCCCAGCUACUACCACAGCUUUGGCGUCACAGAGAACUACGUGAUCUUUCUGGAGCAGCCUUUUAAGUUGGAUAUCCUCAAGAUGGCCACCGCGUAUGUGCGGGGGGUGAGCUGGGCUUCCUGCAUGUCCUUCCACGGGGAGGACAAGACUUACAUUCACAUCAUCGACCAGAGGACCAGAAAGCCUGUGCCAACCAAGUUCUACACGGACCCCAUGGUGGUCUUUCAUCAUGUCAACGCCUAUGAGGAGGAUGGCUGUGUCCUGUUUGACGUCAUCGCCUAUGAGGACAGUAGCCUCUAUCAGCUCUUCUACCUGGCCAACCUGAACCAGAACUUCGAGGAGAAUUGCAAGAUGACCUCAAUGCCCACCCUCAGGAGGUUUGCUGUGCCCCUCCAUGUGGACAAGAAUGCAGAAGUGGGCUCAAAUUUAAUCAAAGUGGCAUCUACAAGAGCAACAGCCCUGAAGGAGAAAGACAGCCAUGUUUACUGCCAGCCCGAGGUCCUCUAUGAAGGCCUAGAGCUCCCUCGGAUAAAUUAUGCUCACAACGGGAAGCCAUAUCGCUACGUCUUUGCGGCUGAGGUUCAGUGGAGUCCAAUCCCAACCAAGAUACUGAAAUAUGACAUUCUCACAAAGUCCUCCUUAACGUGGGGUGAGGAGUGCUGCUGGCCGGCGGAACCCCUGUUUGUACCCACGCCAGGUGCCAAGGAUGAGGAUGAUGGAGUCAUCUUAUCAGCCAUUGUCUCUACCGACCCCCAAAAGUCGCCCUUUUUGCUUAUUCUGGAUGCCAAGAAUUUUACGGAAUUGGCUCGUGCCUCUGUUGAUGCCGACAUGCACCUAGACCUGCAUGGCUUAUUUAUCCCGGAUGCAGACUGGAGUGCCGUGAAGCAGACCCCUGCCGAGACUCCAGAGGAUGAAAAUUCAGAUGCCCCUGUCACCCCACGGGCCUGAUGGCACAGGAUUGGGCCACAGGAAGAGAGACUUCACUGGCGGGACCUGGGGACAGUAAGUGUGAUUGUUGACACUGUCAACUUGACAGCGUCUUAGGAUCUCUUAGGAAACAAACUUCUGGGCCUGUCUGUGAGAGUUUCUAUACUGGGUUAACGGUGCAAGGAAGAUCCUUGAAUGUGGGCAGCACCAUCCCAUAAACUGAGGUACGGACUGAGUGAAAAGGAAAAGGCCAGCUGGACACCAGCAUCCAUCUGCUUCCUGACUGCGGAUGCAGCUCGACCAGCGGCCUCCUGACAUGAUGCUUCCUCUCCGUGAUCGACUGGACCUGCACCUGAGAGCCAAACUAACCCUCCCUUCCUUACAUAGUGUCUGUCAGGUACCUUGUCCCGGCAAUGGGACAGUGCGUAAGCUUACACCUCUCUCUGGGUGGAGGUGGCCAGGUGCUUCAUCUUGCUGUUAUUUAUUGUGCACAUUCCACAAUGAUUCACAAAGACAGCUCUGGUUCCAUUGUAUUAGAAUCCUUGUGGGAAAAUGAAGUAUUUAGCAGUCGGUUCUGGUAUAGUUGAGAAAGCCCUUUCUUUUCUUCUGAAGGCCUCGAGGGACUGGGAAGGUGGCUCAUUUGGCGAGAACACUGGCUGCACGUGAGAACCUAAGUUCAGGUCCCCUGCCCCCUCCCAUAGUUACCCGCAUAAACGCUGGACAUGGCAGCAUGUGCCUAUAACCCAGGCUCUGGGGAGGCGGAGGCAGGAAGCUCUCCGGGGCUUGAUGGCCAGAUAGUCUAACUGAAUUGGCACACUCAGCAAAUAGUGAGGGACCCUGACUCAGAAAAUAAGGUGGGGCAGGAUGGAGGGAAAUACCCAAUGUCCACUUCACUCUACACAUAUAUGUACACACACACACACACACACACACACACACACACACACACGUGCAUACACAUAUACAUGCAAAAGACCUUGAACAUGAAUCAGGAAUUACAUUAACCGUGUUAUCACUGUUCUUAGAACAAGCAGUCGUGAACGUGAGGAAAGGUGGGGGGUCAUCACUGCUCCUUCCUCCAUCUGCCUCUCCCCCCCCCACCUUUCUAAAGGACUAGGUUGUGGGUGUGGCUUCUGGCCUUCUCAGCCACGCCCUGUUUAUAAGUCAUGUGACCAGGAGGGCACGGUGCUUUGCAGUCAUCCCACACAGGAUAUAAAAGAAAAAAAAACAACUUGAAAGUCUGUUCAGAGCUCAUUUGAUUUUUAUAUGGCUGCCUCUGUGAGUUCUCCUGAGCCCAUAAAAUAGGGCUGUGGGACUUCACCUUUCCUGGCCUGCAAGAGGCCCGAUUGUAUGAUCAGUGACUGACAGAUUUGAGUGGGCCCUCUCUCUGCAGGAGGGGGACACUGACCUGGUGUUGACCAGAUGAACCAUGGCCAAAGGGCCAGAGUUCGGGGUGGAGGACCAAGGCCAGGCUGGCCUGAAAACCAGAGCACAUCAGCAUCUGAAGGGAAAGGAGACACCCUCCCUGAACUGUGUGUACUUCAAGGCGGACCAGACAUGGGGGCAGAGGAAGGCGGUCCCCAUGCAAGAUAGUGACUGGGAUGGAGGAGGUUGGAAACAAGCCAGCCAAACGGCCUCCCACCUGAUUACUGGGAGCCCCCUGGAGAUCUGAGCCUCGCCUUUCGAGUCUAGUGGGUACCUAAAGCAGGUGGCAGAGUGAAGUCCUUCCCCACCAUGUCCUGCGGGCAUCUCAGUCCUUCGGCCCCUGGCAGGUUGGGAAGGUCAGCUACAGGGGACGAAAGGAGACGUGAUCAGAGCCUGGGCUUGGGUGGCAGAAAGGCUGUGACAAAUGGGACAGCCACUCACCCACUCACACUUCUGCUUUGGAUGUCUGAGGGAAGAGUGGAAUGCAAUGUGUCCCCACCUCUAUGCUCCCAAUUGCCAAACAGCACCCAGACCUCUUCUCAAGAAAGGGCCCAGUUCUGCGGGGAGGUGUUUUGUUGACCUUGUUUAAGAUGACAGCUGGGAUACCAUACUGGUGAUGGAGGCUGGCACACCAGAGCCUGCUGUCUCAGUUUCGAAAAAACACUGAAGAUUGCCGACAGGGUAUGCGAUUUGUCUGGGUCCAGUGUUCGAUAAUCCUAUUACAUUUCGGACAGGCCCAGGCCAGGGCACUUCGAUCCGAACCCCAUGCACACUCCUUUCUCCAAAGGAUCACAAAAACAGUCCUCAUUCUCCUCCCAGCCUUCCUGGUUAUGAAGCGUGUGGGUGGGCAAGAUGAACAAACAGGAAGUUCUGGGAGAGAACCUCUGGGUUCAUUUAUUGCUCUCAUCAAGAGCUACUUCCUGGAGAGUUCCAAGCCCGGAGUGUCAGGUGCGGUGAGGGCUCACAGGUGUUGGCUGCGUCCACAGCAGGUUUCUCCGGUGUGAGUCCAGUGCCGGGACAAAGCUGGACGGGUUGCUGGGCAAAUCAGCUCAUGAGAAACCUUCAUGCCUUGGGGCCACGUUCCCACUGUUGAUUCACACUUGUUUCCUCAGGACCAAGUUACGGGUGCAGGGCUCACAGCUUGGGACAGGCUGCUGAUCCAGGAUAAGUCAAAACACAUUUGGUCCCUUCUUAUACUGUUUGAAGAUUUCUUGGGUGGUUUUUAAAUGCCCAGAAGUCUUUCCUGUGGCAAAUCAGGACACACGUGAAAAAGCCUUCGCCAUCUAUACCACCUGACAGCAGAGAGACACCUCGAGGACCCCAAUGCUUCAUCUUCCCUUUACACUCAUGUCCACUAUCACACAGGGACAUCUUGAGAAGCAUCCCUCAAGGCUGAGUCCCAGCCAAGAAGCAGAGUAUUUUCUUGGUCACAGGAUCUCAGAGGUAUAUAGCAUUGUAUCCAGGCAGGAUGAAGAUGAACAAGAAUUCCCUGGUGAUUGACAAAAGCAUCUGGGAUGGGUGGGACUUCUGGAGCCCCCUGAAAAGACCUUUGAGGGACUCACAGAGGGCUGCUCCUGCAAGUGGAGGUUGCAGCUUGAGAUUAGGAUAGAGGUAGAUGUGGAUGGCUGAACAAAUUGAGGGUAGCCAAGUUCCCAAGAAGGAGCCCUGGAAAAGGAGGGAGGCAGACAAGGGUGUGUGUGUGUGUGUGUGUAUGUGUGUGUGUGUGUGUGUGUGUUUUUUUUCUGAUUGUAAGAUCCUGUGUGUUCUUUGUAGAACAGCUGGCUAGAUUAAAAUAAGAUGAGAAAGAUACCCAGAGUCCCAUGACCCAAAGAAAACCAGUGAAAGCAUUCUGCUGGGUUUCCUGCAGCUUUUACAGUUUGGGUGCAGAGUCCACAGGUUAGAGAUCUAUUUACAAGCAACAUACCAGCUUGAAAACCUUCUGCUGCUUGCACUGAACAGGUCUCUACCUUCUUUUCAUGGGUGCAUAUUACUCCCUCUUUGAGCCAUGGCAGCGUGGGUACCACCUACCAUCCUUACACUUUAAAUUAUUUCCAAUUCUCCCCCCCCCCGGGAACUAGGGUCCUGAUGGGUCAGUUUGCAUGAAAUUCUAGAGUCCAUCCCUUGCUUGGGGAACAGAUGAUUGUUACUGCUCCCCUUUAGAAAAAAAUUGUCUGCACAAGAUUAAGCUAGUCACCUUUACCAUGAGUCCCCACCACCAGCUGGAGAGCUGUUGACAUUUCAUGGCUGCUGGACUUUAGGGAGUUUACAAUUGUCCUUUGGCUCUGGGGUAUGAUCUCCCCAAAAGCCAUCCAAUCAAUGGCUGUUAGAGCAAGCUUAUGCUCAGCCAUCUUGGGUUCUUUCACCAACGCUCAGUGGAGUUGCUAGACUAUUUCCAAAAUGGCCGGAGCCUGGGGUACUCCCACAAUCGAGGCAUGAGAAUUUCCAUGUGCCCACAUCCUCCCUGCCCGCUGUUUUCGUUUCAGCUGCCUUCACGGCAUGAAGUGGCAUCUUGGUGUGGUCGUGCCUGUGAAGUCUCCUUUGGAGAAAUGCCUACUAAAUAAACCCUUUGCCCUCA